AAAAGUAUGUGUUCUAUGCGAAAACAAGAUUCUUUCAAAAAAAUUAUUGCAUGACAUUGAUGUGCAUGAUGAUUGUGUUAUGUCUCUUGUGAAUGUUAAUUUUUUGAGAUAACAUACUCUACUCCCUCUUGUUUGAUACAUUUUCGUUUCAAUUAAUUUAACUUGGUGCAAAUAAAAAAUCAGAAAUGGCUGAAUCUCUAUUAUCUGAAAACUGCGGAAAAUUGAGGGAAUUGAUGGACGAAGCUUUGAAAUUGUACUAUAAAGUAGAAGACUCUACAGAAGCAACAAGCAGUGAUACUGUUCAAGGGUAUAUAACAAGAGGUAUCGAAAUCUGUGAGGAAGCAACCAGAUUGGUAUCUUACGCAGGCAUAUUUAGUAGGAAUGAAGGACUCUCAGACAUGGCAACAGCAGAUAUCCAGUAUUUCUUGCUACCUGUACUAUUAGGAAGAUUCACAACACAAUUAGUUUCAAGGGAGCGAAGAGAUCUGAUAAGAAUAUCAGAAAUAUAUUAUCGUGAUUUUUUACAAAGGACUAAUGAUUAUGGUUUGAGUAAUUAUACAUUCAAAGAUGAAUCUUCAGAUAAAAAGGAAAAGAAAGAAAGACAAAAAUCCAUAGGUGAUGAUUUUAAAUUUAGAGAUAUGAAGCUCAAACAAUUUGGUGACAAAAAAAAGUAUCAAACUCUUGUAACAGAUUUAAAAAAAAGGUUGGAUGAAGCUGAUGAUUCCACUAGAAGAGAAUAUUAUAUUUCUCUAUUGAAUUAUUUCAUUUGUAUAGCUAUUGAAGAAUUGAAUUUCUUAGAUACAGAAAAAGAUUUAUUGGAAAGAAUGCAAAAACUUGGACCUGGUUCAUCAAAAGGUCGGGACAAAUGUCCUCCUCAAAAGAAAACAAUGCAAGCAGUCAUAAUUACUAAAGACCAAGUUCAAAAAGCCAUUUUUGGUGCUGGGUACCCUUCACUUCCCACUUAUAGUGUUCAAGAGUUUUAUGAUCAAAGAGUGCAUGAUGGUAUCUUCCCAGAUCCGACAAAACCAAAAACAGGACCAAUGAGUUUACAAGAAGCCUCUUUGGCUGGACUUUCUCUUGAUGAUGAAAAGGAAAAGGAAAUCGAGGAUGAAGAGACCAAAAUUGAAAAAGAUGAUGAAGAAUUGUUGAGAAGGAAAAGGGAUGAUGAUGAAUACAAAGAUGAUCAUAGAAGAGGGUGGGGCAACAGAGCAAACAGAAGUUAAUCAAUUUUUAAUAAAAAUCAUGAUAUAUGAUUCAUGUAUGACUGAUUAAUCAUAAGGAAUAUAAGAAUAAUUCAAUC